CUGCGAGGUACACUAAUUCGAGAGGCACAAGCGCCGCCGCCCAGCAAGACAUUCGCCCGCCAUGCCCAAAGAAAUCCGCGACAUCAAGCAGUUCAUCGACAUCGCCCGGCGAAAGGACGCCUCAGCGGCGCGCAUCAAGAAGAUCGCGCCCCGGGUAGCGGGUGGUAAGACCCGCACAAAGUUCAAGAUUCGCUGCACGCGUUACCUGUACACCCUCGCCCUCGACGACCCCGAGAAGGCGGAGAAGCUCAAGGCGAGCUUGCCUCCAGGUGCGUAUCUUCUCCCUUGUUCUUACCUUACUCCUUUCCGUUUACACUGCAUGGAUCUUCGACCUGGAACUGACUUUGCGUCUACAGGCCUGAACAUUGUCGAGGUCGAUGGCACACCAAAAAAGAAGUAGACGCGCCGUCUCUUCUCUCCACUAGGUGUCCGUCCGGAGGGUGGUGGCCUGAAGAUUGGUGUUGGGAGCGGGGAGACAGGCCCUCUUGGACGGGGGCG